GCAGUUACCCACCCUGUUGCAAAAACAGUUGAAUAACAGUUGUAAGACUUCGAAUGUAAAGUGUUGUGUUUCGGACAAUCAAAAUUGUAAAGUAUAAUGUCAAACAGUGAUGCCAAUAAGAUAAUCGAAUUCCUCGAACUUGUUGGAAGAUUGAAGCAUAUACAGAGAACUGGCUGGAUUUUAAGACAUGUAAAUAAUCCAGAAAGCAUCGCAGGGCACAUGUACCGAAUGGGAAUAUUGUCUUUCUUAAUUGAUGAAAAGGAUGGUCUUGAUAAAGACAAGUGUAUCAAAAUGUCUCUUGUGCACGAUCUAGGAGAGUGUAUUGUCGGUGACUUGACGCCACAUUGUGGAAUCCCAGCUGCAGAAAAGCAUCGUAGAGAGACACUUGCAAUGAGGGAGUUGGCCAGUUUAGCAGGAAAUGCAGGGACAGAGAUGUUCAAUCUAUAUAAGGAAUAUGAAGAGCAAAAGACACCAGAAGCAAAGUUUGUAAAAGAGUUAGAUAGGUUUGACAUGGUUCUCCAAGCUUUUGAAUAUGAAAAAUCUGAAAAACGACCACAUGGCCUACAAGACUUUUUUGAUUCAACAGAAGACAAAUUUAGCCAUCCAAAGGUGCUAACAUUAGUAGAUGAACUCAAAAAACAGAGAUCCGUCUUCGAAACAUUAUAUCAACAAACAGAUAAAUAGUGUUAUUUUAGGCAUUACCAAAUUGUACGUACAUGUAUCAUUUGUGAAGAAUACACUAAAAUAAAUACAUUCUAAAGAAGUUGUGUAAAUAAUUUUUAUCUCGUAAAAUAAAUACAUUUUAAAGGA